CACUUGUCGGCCACCGUAGAGCACAAACACGUGUGUAAUGAAAUAUGAUUCAUUUCAGCUUACGCGGACUGAACAUAUAAAUUAAAACCAUAAGGGACCGAUGCUUUUGCCAAAAAGGUGAUCGCGCUGGUUUGUUUUGUCGACGGAGUCAUGGCUUCUCCGGAGCAGCGGUGUGUGUUCUCGCUGUGUGCGGAUGAGACGGUGACCGCUGGGCUGAGAGAGGUGUCUGGACUGCUGGGUCAUCCCGAACCUCCCCAGCGCUCUGCUAACACGUCCAGUGAGGAUGUUGGCUCAAUGAAAACUGCAUCCGCCGUUGAGGUGUCCGACAAGAUGUUCUGCUCGGCCUGUCGGUGUCAUUUUGAGAGUCGAGAGGAGCAGAUGGAGCAUUACAAACUUGACUGGCACCGCUUCAACCUGAGACAGCGGCUGGAAGGAAGAUCAGUGGUCACAGUGGAGGAGUUUGAGAAGAAGACUGGCACAGGUGACAUUUCAAGCAUUUCGGGUUCAGACUCAGACAGUGAGGAUGGGGAUCUUGGAGAUGAAGUGGGCCCUGAAGAGACAGAGAGUGCUCUGGACACAGAUCAGUCCACAUGUCGACUUUCUACCAAAGCAGUCUUUCAAAACAUGCAGGGACAGUUCCUGUCAUUGUAUCGCUGUGUUCUGCAAAACAAAAAGGACAAUGAAGAAGACUUGGUUUCCUCUUUACUGAAAAUAUCAAACAACACUAUUUGGGUCAUUCUGAUGACUGGCGGUGGACACUUUGCUGGAGCGGUUUUUAAGGGAAAAGAGAUUGUGCAGCAUAAGACGUUUCAUCGGUACACGGUGAGAGCGAAGCGAGGGACUGCACAGGGACUGAGGGACUCUCAGAACCGCAGCCACGCUCCUAAAUCUGCAGGGGCGGCCCUCAGACGUUACAACGAGGCAGCGCUGCACAAGGAUAUUCACGAUCUUCUAGAAAGCUGGGCUGAGUAUUUGAAGGAGGCAAGUGCCAUCUUCCUGCGAGCACAGAGUUACAAUAAGACCAUAUUUCUUGGAGGUCGUGGAGCACCACUGGACAAAAAAGAUCAGAGAGUCCGGGUACUUCCUUUUGCCACCCGUAGAGCAACAUUUAGCGAAAUACAGCGCGUUUUUGAUCUCCUUUCAACUCUACAUGUUUAUCAAAAGGACACUGAAAUCUCUAGUAUUUUCAGUCUUUCAAAGAGAGUGUGGAAGAAGAAAACUCCUAAACCUGUUAGUCAUCCAGUCCCAAACAUCAAUGUGCCUACAGAGGGAGAAGAGGGUAAAGAAGAAAGUUCAGAGGAGGAAGACUCAGGAAUGCUAGAGACAGUGGAGGAGACACUGGGAACUCUGGACCUCAGAGAACAUGAGGUGCAUCUUAAUAAGAAGAAAAAAGAAGUGGAUGAGUCUUGGGAAUAUAGUUUAAGGGACGCUCUCUACACCGCCUGUAAAACGGGGGACAUCCAAUCAUUACUCACCCUCCUGCAACUACCAGAGGACCAGGAAGAGGAAAAGGAUAGAGAAGAGAAGAACACCACCUCGAGGGUUUCAUGUCUUCUCAACAAGCCCAUAGACUCAGCAGGCUUUACUUUACUGCAUGUGGCAUCAGCAGCUGGACAGAAAUCAGUCAUCAGUCUGUUAAUGGAUGAAGGGAGUGAUCCAGCUAACAAGGAUAAGAAAGGACAGACUCCAUAUGGCGUUGCUCCUGAAAAAGAUACCCGCGACACAUUUAGAAAAUACAUGGCUGAACACCCUCAUAAGUAUGACUACACUAAAGCACAGGUGCCUGGACCACUGACUGAAGAAAUUGAGUCCAAAAAGGCAGAGAAGAAGAAAGCCCAAAAAGCAGCACGGAAACAGAGAGAGAAAGAGCAAAAAGAAGAGAAACUUAAGAAGCAGCAAGAAGAGGAGGAAAAGAGGAGGUUCAUAGCUCUUAGUGACCGAGAGAAGCGAGCUCUGGCUGCGGAGAGGAGAUUGGCUGAACAUAUGGCCACAACUGGAGUGUCACUCACUACCAUCAGGAGAUGCUUUCAGUGUGGAGAGUCAUUACUGGGGAAGAUUCCUUUUGAAUAUCUGGACUACUCUUUCUGUUCGCCUCGCUGUGUCCAAGCCCACCGCAAAGCCAAUGCAGCCGCCCGGCCCUGACCUCUCACAUCCUACCACACAGCAUUAGAGGACGUGAAGGUGUGGUGCCAUAUUGUGGACAUAUUUCAUUUUACAUGAUCUGGGAGUUGACUGGAUUUUACAAGAAACAUAUCAAGGAUUUCACAGUUAUCUUUGAAAUGACAAGACUAUGAUAGAUUACCUGAAAUCAGAGAAGAGAAUUAUUAAUAAGAUUGAUUCACACAAAUCUUAAAUAUAUCUGUAAUUUAACAUGGCUACUCUGAUAUUGUAUUACUUUUCAACUCAAAUCAGGACACAGACCAACCACUGUGAUUCAAAAAAAGUUCUAUAUCUUCAUGAGAUAAUAGCUCAUUAAAAGUCAUAGUUAAUUCAGAACUGUAAAGUAAAAUCAUGGCGUGUUUUAUGUUUUACAAUGUAAAACACACAUUUUUGGUAAAAAUGUUGUUGAAGUUUAUUCUUUUACAUUGUUUGGCAGCUGCUGCAGUUUUAGAUUGUACAAAUACAGUUGAAAUCAUCAUUGAUAUGAUUCUUUUGGUGUAAUACUGUUUCCAAACUAGCAUGAUUUAUGAUAAAGAAAAAAGGUAUAUGUUUGACAGCACAGAAUGCUACAGUCACUGAAAUUAA